GUCGGACUGGCUCCAGUCCUGUCACGGCAGUGUGGGGCGCCUCCUCUCCGCGCUUGCGCUGCGCUCUGGGAAUACUAACUAAUUUUUUUUUCUCCGAAAACCACCAGCAUCUACCCUGACGCCUCUUCUUUUUGUUUCCUCCUUAAUGCGGCUUGCUCUCGUGUCUGCGACCUUACAAGAAAGACCGCAACGUCGGUUUGUUGCCACAGUGGAAGUGCCGUGGAAAGAGUCAGAUUCAUAGACAGCUGCAGCUGAAGCCGAUUCCAACCCUUGAAAGCUUACCUGUCUUUGGGGUUGCUGCUCUCAGCAGACCAUUUUGAAGCUGCAAGGCCUGGGGAAAGUUAAUGAGAAGAUUCGAUCAGCUGACACCCCCCACCUCGCUCCUCCACAUCCCUUUGUUCCAACUAUUAUCUUCCUCCAACGUCAGCGUUGACUUGUGCACUUAACUGGUGAGCGGAAGCUUGUUGAAGACGGAGCGUUCUUAGAGGCGGAUCCUGAAAGGGAGGGUUUAGGUUCUGACUCCCCGUCGACCGAACCCCGUUUGUCCUUCACGCAACAAGACAAAUUGUUACCUUGGAGAAGGAGGAGGAGGAGCACAGGUUGUUGGAUCGUAGGACGUGACAAAACUGUGGCUCCAGGGAGUCUGCUGUUGACCAUGUCUUUCUGGUGAGGUCUCAUCUUUUUGCCAAAAUGAGGCUGACGUCCGGAUCGCCUCGACCCCUCCUGCCGGCCUUUCUGGCCCUCACCUUAGCCGCCUCUUUACCUCAGCUAUCCUCAGGAGCCGCACCGUUUCCGCAAGACCUGGAACCGAUCAGCAUCGUGGGCAGAGAGACCUCGUACCUCUACCCCAGCUUCCAGGGGCUCAUGUCAGACAACGACACCAUCCGCCUGGGCCUGGACUUCCAGAGGAUGCUGAGGAUCAACCACAUGCUUUACAUCGCAGCUCGGGACCAUGUUUUUGCAAUCAAUCUCGGCACCUCGUCUGAGCAGAUAAUCCCACAGCAGAAACUGACUUGGAAGACGAAGGACGUGGCGAAGUGCACAGUGAGAGGGAAGAACAGCGAUGAAUGUUACAACUACAUUAAAGUCCUGGUGCCGCGCAACGAUGAGACUCUGUUUGCCUGUGGCACCAACGCCUUCAAUCCCACCUGCCGUAACUAUAAGAUGUCGACGCUGGAGCAGGAAGGCGAGGAGGUGGUGGGACAGGCUCGAUGUCCCUUUGAGUCCCGUCAGUCGAACGUCGGCCUUUUUGCAGGUGGGGACUUCUACUCUGCAACAAUGACUGACUUCUUGGCGAGUGAUGCGGUCAUUUAUAGAAGUCUUGGAGAAAGCAGUCCUGUUCUGCGUACAGUCAAGUAUGACUCCAAGUGGCUCCGAGAACCCCAUUUCCUCCACGCUAUCGAGUACGGGAACUACGUGUACUUUUUCUUCAGCGAGAUUGCAGUGGAGUACACCACCCUGGGCAAGGUCGUUUUCUCCAGGGUUGCGCGAGUGUGCAAGAAUGACAACGGGGGUUCCCCGAGGGUCCUGGAGCGGUACUGGACAUCUUUCCUGAAAGCCCGGCUGAACUGCUCGGUGCCUGGAGAUUCUUUCUUUUACUUCGACGUCCUGCAGUCGCUGACCAAUGUCCUCCAGAUAAACCACCGGCCUGCUGUUCUUGGGGUUUUUACCACACAAGCAAACAGCAUCACCGGGUCUGCAGUCUGCGGCUUUUACAUGGACGACAUAGAGAAGGCCUUUAAUGGAAAAUUCAAGGAGCAGAGAAACAGCGAGUCAGCAUGGACACCUGUGCUAGAAGAACAAGUCCCGAAGCCGAGGCCAGGCAGCUGUGCAGGCGAAGGCUCUGCAGCCACCUACAAGUCCUCCACCACCUUCCCAGAUGAGACCCUGACUUUCAUCAAGUCCUAUCCGCUUAUGGACGAGUCGGUCCCCUCGGUCAACGGCAGACCCUUCUUUACCCGCACCACCAGCAGGUUUAAGUUGACCCAGAUAGCAGUGGAUACGUCAGCCGGGCCCUAUAAGAACUACACGGUGAUGUUCCUGGGCUCGGAUAACGGUCACGUCCUGAAGAUCCUGGCCAGCUCAGAGGGAGCCAACGCUUCCUUCAACACACAAAUCCUCGAAGACAUCGACGUCUACAACCCAAACAAGUGCAACGUGCAAGGGGAGGACAGGAGGGUUCUGGGCCUGGAGUUGGACCGGGACCAUCAUGCUCUGUUCGUGGCCUUCUCUAGCUGUGUGAUCCGUGUCCCCCUCAGCCGCUGCUCCGACUACACAACCUGCAAGAAAAGCUGUUUGGCGUCACGGGACCCUUACUGCAUUUGGCUCAAGUCAGGCAGCUGUGUCGCAGUCUCACCUGGACUCAAGGGUGGGUUUGAGCAGGACGUGGAGAACGGCUACCAUCAGCAUCCUGAUACCUGUCACGAUGUCCUGGCGACCACCCGCAGACACAACCCAGUGCUAGAUUCAGCUUAUGGGAAGACCACACCCACAAGCGCCAGCACCACACAUCUUGGGGCGGCAUUCCCAAAGGAGGCAGGUGACUCUGAAAGAGGUACAGGUCCUGAUCGCCUUCCCCCUCUGGGGGAACGAGGGUCACCUGACUCAGAGCCGAUCAGUGUGGAGAUGGAGGGUGUGCGACGACCCCCAGAGCUGGAAAGAACCAAUCACAGCGUCCAUUACACCCUUCUGAUUGCAUGUGUUUUGGUGGCCUUCGUCCUUGGAGCCUUUGUCUCCGGGUUCCUUGUCUCGUGCUACUGUAACCACACCGGUCACAAGACCAAAAAGUUAUCAAAAGAUCCAGAAGCCCCGAUCCCACAUGCUCUGUCUCUCCGGAGUCUGGCGAAGCUCAACGGUCUCCUGGAUAGCCAGAGUAAAGAAGACAAGAUGGAGGUGUCAUCUCCAAAGAUCUACAACUCGUUAUUUACCAACGGUAAGGAGCAUCAUCCAGCAAGGAGAUUUGGCCAUCAUGGAAUGACAAUGGGAGACCUGGUCCAUCCCCACCAUCCUCACCUUCACCCCUCCUCAGAGCUGUCUGGUUUACCUACACCAGACUCAACCCCAGAACUGCCCAUUAAGAGCAUGAAAGCCUUUAAGAACCAGUGGGAAAAGAACCAGAACUGCAACAACGCUAAGGAACCAAAGUCUCAUAACAUCAGCUCAAGACCCAGUUCGGCCCUGCUACCCCAACAGGUCUUCCCUUACUCACACGGCCUGUCCAACGGACAUCCGGCACUCGGUCACCUACAUCUCGAGGAACGCAAAAUCCACAAUGUUGAGCGCGUUCUAGCUCAGCCUUACCCCAGCUACCCUCAGAAGGUGAUGGAGGUUACGUCACUGGAUGAGCUCCUGAAGCACAUUCAUGAUCCGAAUGGCAGCAAGACCUCCCAGUUAAUGAGCCCAUCGGGCCUGAUGGCCAGCGGAGGGCAGCUCGUCUUUGCCAACCGAAUUCAACCUCAGAUUCCCGAGACAGAAUCGGCCCCCUACUACAGCUCGUCCACUCUACCUCGGGACAGUCUCACCCGUCGCAUGGAUGUACCUCCCGACAUCCCCUCGCACCAUCAGUCCACCUUGGAGAGGAGGCACUCCUCCCAGCGGCACUCGCUGAUUUCUGCGGCUACGAAAAUGCCCGGUGCAGGCGCAGUAGGCGGCGGGGGAGGAAUGAUUCCCCGUCAGCACAGCUUCAGCCAACGAAGCGUCGGACCUCAACAGCCGCCGCCGCUUUUGGCCCGCAUGAACUCCACAGGCAGCGCCUGCGAGGUUCACUAUCCUCUCAUCCCAAAUGGGUACCUUGCCCGUCAGCAUAGCUAUACUGGUGACCAGCACGAUGUCCAGCACCGAGGAGCAAUCAUCCGCCGGUCAACCUCUCUCAAACCAGACGUCCCUCCGAAGCCCUUGUUCAUACCUGCCACAUCCCCAGUUAACGAACAGGGCAAGUACAACUACUGAGAAGGGAACCUCCGGGACUAAAGGACGUUGCCCUCAGUGUGUCAUCUGUGAGGAACUUCCCUUCGUGGAAAUGCUCUGGGCUUGAGGUUGCAGACCUUGACCAAACAAUACAACAAAUUGCGUGGUAGCAAGUCUCACUGUGGACAAAAGCCUCAACCAAACUUAUUUCUGCUUUUUUUUUUUUUUUUGGUUUUGUUUUGUCCAACAAAUAUCUUUGUACCAUAUUGGUAUUGUUCAGCUUCUUGCUUAUUAUAGAACUGCCGACCUAGGUGACAUGAUGCCACCUCGUUAUAUUAGGCUGCCAAUGUCCUCAAUGUGGAUGUACAAUGCAAUUCAGCUUUUGGACAAGUUGAUGUUGGACAAACCUUGACACAUCACUCAUCCUGAAGACUCAAAAGCCAGAGGCUCCUGCAACUCUUCAGUUCAUGCUUUUGCUUAACCUUUUUUGAUGUAGUGUUUGUAUCCACUCCCCGUCCCCUCACCCUUGAAUGUGUUUAUAUUAUGCAUGUGUGUGUAUAUACAGUAUAUGUGUGUUUAUAUCCACACUGUAUAUGUAUACAUAUACAUAUGCAGUAUUUGUAACCCGUGGUGAAAAAUUCAGCAAAUUCCCCUGAAAGUAUGUCUGUCUUUGCCUUACUCGUACGCUCUCAUAUUUGGGCAUACCAAACCGUUUUGCCUAGAAAUAAAUGAGAGACAACAAACCAUACAGAAACCAGAUUUGACCGUUGGCUAAACAUACUUUGUUCGUGUUGAUUCAAAGAAAAUUCCUCCACAAAGCAGCUUCACUUGACUUCUUUGCCCUAAUUUUCGUUUCUCAGCUGAUGUCAUGUCAAAAGUGACAAACUUGGGGCCAUUGACAUUCCUAAGAAUGUUUCUUUAAGAUCGGUGCUUCAACAACAAAAAAAAAGAGAAUAAAAAUCUAAACUCCUCUAAAAUGAAUAUAAACAUGACUAUAUACCUUUGAACCUAGAGGACGUGAAAAAACUUGACACACAGCGUUACGAGAAUGAACAGCAACACAGAAUGGACUCCAGUUACUCUAGGUAUUAACUUUGUGGCUACUGGUUGUAAAUAAAGAAAUAAUUACUAGCCAAAUUUUAACUGUAUGUGUAAAUGUGUGCCUUAUUUAAUAAUGGUGUGUUAACAGGGGUUGGUGGAGGGUUAACGCAAGGGGCUCAAAUGGCUACUAUGCUACAGUAUAUUGUAGGUGUUUGAUUUUCUACAGCUCUCGCUAUUGUUUAUCUGAAGAGUUUCAUUCCAGAAUGAAAGAUCCAGAAUAUGUUCUCGUCACCUAAUAGGAUAAACUUUAAAAGCACCAUUUCAGUUUAGGUUCAAGAAAUUGUCUCAUGUUCUGUGUAUCUGGAUUGAUAUUUUUCUUUACCAAGACAUAUUUUGAAAAUUUACCAUUUUUAAUUUUAAGAUGUAUAGAGAAAAGACAAUAUUUUUGCAGACUGAUUCAGCGUUUUGGAAUGAAACGGCUUCAUUUAUUUUCCUGAUUUGCCUCCCAAAAAUUGUUAUAGCCUGGAGGUUUGUUUUGGAGGAUUGUUAGGCGAAGAUAACGCACAGCCUGAGACUGAAGACAUUCAUUAUUGACUGUCUGUGUGUUGGGUCAUCUUCCCUGUAAGUGCCAUUGCUUUGAGUGUUUUUUUUUGUAAAGACUUAUCUUCUUGAGUUAAAAAGGUGAAGCUCACAGAUCCUUGUACAGUUGAGCCCAAAAUGUUGAUAUCUGUGGCAGAUUAAAAGUAGUCCUUUAAUUUCCCCAGACAUGUUUCUCUUGAUUGAAGGUAACGAUGAUGUUUAGGAGUCCUGACUUGACUGACAGAAGACUUUGAAUUCAUUGCUAAACAUAAUUUUUAAAAGUAUGCUACUUCAUGCACAGAGCUGGUCAUCCAUUAAUGAAAAGUUUGACGGCUGUAAUAUCAAUAAGGAUGUCUCUAUUGAUCAUUAAAAAUUAAAUCCAUAAAUUUUGACAUGCUAUUUGUUUAUUAAAAUCUAAUAAUAGCAGCAUGUUUCAACUGUUAUUCAGCUUUUACAUUUUCUCAUUUCCUUCAAGAAACAAACUUCCUGAUUGAAUGAAAAUAAUUCUGAAUCUAAAUCUACCAGAGGCAUGAAUCAUUUUGGGCUUAACUAAGGCAACAAUAGCAGAAGUCGCAUCUUAUGCGGUUAAACAUGAAGUUGAGGUUUUCCUCAUAUCCUGUUAAACACCUGUGUUGCAAUUUCCUGUUUUUUUUUUUUUGUUUUUUUGAUCCAAAUAAGAAAAGCAAGGAUGUAGGCGGGCUUUUACAGUAGAUUUUGGUUUCUGUGUCACCAACUAUCAUCUUUAGCAAUACAGAGAAGAAUCAUGCAGAAGUGCAACGCACCGUGGUCCAACUGGUUGAGAUUGUUUCUUGGAAGGACUCCUAGAAAAUCUUUGGGAUCCAUGCUGCCAAAAGUCUCUCUUGUUUUGAGGAUUUACAUCAGAAAUGGGGAUGCCAUCUCGGCCUUGGACACAUCACUCCGUCAAAUCCCACCAUCGGUAGACUUUUCAAAACGUCCCUACACUCGAGGUUGACUGGAACCAUGAUUAGUUCUGUAAAAAUAAUAUCAGUGUGCCAUUUACCGCUUCAAAGAUAAAUGUUCGACAAAGUGAAAUUUCCUAGAGGACAUCAAUCCUGAGAGGCAGAGUUUACCAUUUGUACCAAUUAUUCAGUAAGAUUAAUUAAAAUUAAUUUGGAUAUCAGUGCAUUAGGCAUCCUUUCAGACAACAUAUGAUAGGAAAAUAACAGGAAUUGAGGCAGCUACACUGUUGAAGUGGAACUGUUUUUUUUUUUUUUAAACCUACUGGUCAUAGGUUGUAUGAAAAAGGGGAUGUCACCUCUAAAAGCUCUGUCAGUAUUUGAUUUUGUGUAAAUACAAUAUCUCUGGGCGGGAUCUCAUUUCAGUAUUAUGUUUUUUCUCUGUUUGAUUUCCAGGCUAUGCCUCUUGACUUAUUAUAAAUUUGGUCUCACAGAAUACCAUUAUAUGUCUCUUAUAAUAGGAAUAAAUAAAAUGCAAAAUAUGAUUAA